UGGAAAAUGCCUCAUAGCAAAGAUACUCGCCCGAAAUUCCUCAAUAUUCAUACAUCAGGAAGCAACCCCCUCCCUGGCUACAAGAGUUCAGUACUCUUUAACCCAAACUCACAACACUAAUGUAUCCCCUGCUUCCAAUCGCAACCACCCUUUUUCGCCUGCGCAUUCCUGACUUCAGGCAUCAAGAGCUGCAUAUCUCCUGUGCGUUGACUUUGCUGUCGUGGCCAUGCAUACGGCUCUUUCAGGUUUACUGUCUGCCUUAAAAGGCCCUCGACUGCUUGACUCUAUCCGAGAGAUGAUAUCUCGAUCUCAACCACUUUUCUUCUGUUUAGAUUCACAAGCACAUCACAAAACAGAACGCAAAAAUGGCUCCAUGGCUUAUGGGCGAGAAGUUCAACACAGUCUACCCACAUAAGGGCUCCAUCAAGGCCCUUUGGGAGAGCAAGUGGAAGUUUGCGUGUGACAAGUCGGUGUACCCUUUCCAUGACGGAUCGAUCGAGGACUUCGCACCCAUCUUCGAGAAGUUGAUCAAGGAAAACAUCAACGACGCCUACGAAGACGCCUACACGCAGGCCUUCUUCCCCAUCGCCGAAUCCCUCGAGAAGCAAGCCAGCGAGGCCCUAAGCAGCAACAACACGCAAUUGGCCUCGGAUCUCCUGCGCCGCGCCGCGGUUGUCUACCGCAUCUCGCGCUUCCCCUAUGUCGACCCCAGCAAGGACGACAUCAAGAAGGAGGCCUUCGCGCGCCAGAAGCGCGUGUACCUGCAGGCGGCCUCCUUCUGGACCCCGAAGAUCGAGGAGGUGAUCAUCCCGCACACGCAGAAGGCCGGCGGCGACGCGCCCACCGUGCCGCUCUUCGUGCGUACGCCCGAGCACGCUUCGGCCGCCGCCCCGGUCCCCGUCAUCCUGCUGAUGACCGGGCUGGACGGCUACCGGCCUGACAACAGCCAGCGCACCCACGAGAUCCUCAACCGCGGGUGGGCUGUCGUCAUCGCCGAGAUCCCCGGCACCGCCGACUCGCCCGCCGACCCCAGCGACCCAGACGCCCCCGAUCGCCUCUGGACCACCGUGUUGGAUUACAUUGCCAGCCGGCCGGAGCUGGACGCCGCGCGCGUCGCCGCCUGGGGCCUCAGUGCGGGCGGCUUCUACGCCAUCCGCGCGGCGCACACCCACCGCGACCGCCUGCGCGGCUGCAUCGCCCACGGGCCCGGGUGCCAUUACUUCAUGGAUAAGGAGUGGUUGACUCGCGUCGAUGAUCACGAGUAUCCUUUCUUAUUAACCCCCGCCUGGGCCAAGAAAUACGGCUACUCCGACGUCGCCGACUUCCGCGCCAACGCGCAGAAGAAGUUCUCGCUCGUCGAGACCGGCAUCGUCGACCAGCCCAGCACCAGACUUCUGUUGUUGAAUGGCGUCGACGACGGCGUCACCCCCAUCGAAGACUGUCUCGUCCUCUUCAACCACGGCUCUCCCAAGGAAGGACGCUUCUUCCCCGGUCUCCCGCACAUGGGGUAUCCGCAUAGUCUGCCGGUGUCGUAUAAGUGGUUGGAGGAGGUGUUGGAGUCGAAGCCUGCUAUGCUUAAGAAUUAAGAUGGGUGGAAAUUAGGGGAGGGAGGUGUGGUGGUUGGGAUGGGGUCGUCGGAUUUGGGUCUUGGGGUUAGUAAUGAGUAACAUGAUCAAAGAGAAAUAUGACUUGAGCUUUCCCAAGGGAUUUUUUGCAGAUCUCUCGCUCAUUCGUGGUUAUGCUUACGGGGGUUGGCUAUACGAGGGUGACAGCAAUGUUGUUGUGGAGAUAUAGGCUAGGCAAUGAUGUGGGAGUCCGACUUCUUUGAAUGGAUGGUUUAAUCCAGGU